AUGGACAAGUUUCGGAUGAUCUUCCAGUUUCUGCAGUCCAACCAAGAGUCCUUCAUGAACGGCAUCUGUGGCAUCAUGGCGCUGGCCAGUGCCCAGAUGUAUUCUGCCUUUGACUUCAACUGCCCUUGCUUGCCGGGCUACAAUGUGGCCUACAGCAUGGGCAUACUGCUGACGCCUCCCCUGGUGCUCUUCCUGCUUGGCCUCGUCAUGAACAACAACAUAUCCAUGCUAGCCGAGGAGUGGAAGCGGCCCGCGGGCCGCCGGGCCAAGGACCCAGCGGUGCUACGAUACAUGUUCUGCUCCAUGGCUCAGCGGGCUCUCAUCGCACCCGUCGUCUGGGUGGCUGUCACGCUGCUGGAUGGCAAGUGCUUCCUCUGUGCCUUCUGCACAGCGGUGCCCGUGGCCACGCUAGGCAAUGGCAGCCUGGUGCCUGGCCUGCCUGCUGCGGAGCUGGCCCGCCUGCUGGCCCGUGUGCCCUGUCCUGAGAUCUACGAUGGGAACUGGCUGCUGGCCCGAGAGGUGGCCGUGCGGUAUUUGCGCUGCAUCUCUCAGGCGCUGGGCUGGUCCUUCGUGCUGCUGACAACAUUACUGGCCUUCCUGGUGCGCUCUGUGCGGCCCUGCUUCACGCAAGCUGCCUUUCUCAAGAGCAAGUACUGGUCCCACUACAUUGACAUCGAGCGUAAGCUCUUUGAUGAGACAUGCACAGAGCACGCCAAGGCCUUUGCUAAGGUAUGCAUCCAGCAGUUCUUUGAAGCCAUGAACCAUGACCUGGAACUGGGGCACACCCAUGGAGUGCUGGCCACAGCCACAGUCCCAGCCGCAGCCACAGCCGUGGAGGCUGCUCAGAGUCCCCCAGACAGGACGGAGGAAGAGAGGGAGAAGCUGCGUGGCAUCACUGACCAAGGCACCAUGAACCGGCUACUCACCAGCUGGCACAAAUGCAAACCGCCGCUGCGGCUGGGCCAGGAGGCACCGCUGAUGAGCAAUGGCUGGGCUGGGAGUGAGCCCCGGCCUCCGUGCAGGGAGGUGGCCACCUACUUCAGCAAAGUGUGAGCUGCAGCUGGCUGUAGAGGCCGCAGAAGAGAUCGGAACCCACAGCCCUCUGCCUCUCAGUGGAGACAGAAAAAACGAUUCUGAGGCACAGCCACAAGUCCAGGCAUUGUCCUGCUGGUGUGAAAAAAGAAAUUUGGAGCCGAAGGACCUCACCUCUUUAGCUGGGAUGCUGCCCUGGGCGGCCUGGGAGCAGAGUCAUCCUGUGCCUCGUCUCCUGCCGCUGCAGUGUUUACGAGUGUUCAGAUCUGGCUGUGGGAGCAGGACUGGUACCCGAGGCCCUUCCCCAGCCUCACUGUGAUGCUGUUCCUCCAUCCCUGCCUCGCUGUCUCCGCUUGGGCUCCCAAAGCCCACGCCCCAACAUUUCCUCUGGCUCUAGACUUCUCUCAUGCUCAUGCUCAAGGGUCCCAGGGCAACCAGCCCACUCAUAAUCUUUGCCAGUUUCUUGGGUAAGAUGGAAUGGGUUUCAGCUGGUGUGUGACACACCUGAGUGACACAGGAUAAGAUGCCAA